AAGGAGGCAAUUUAGUGAUUUGCACUAACUAGAGGACUCAGUAAGCAGCUGGAGCUAGGAGAAACACAGAAGGAAGAGAGGAAACACCAUGAACUUUCUGCGACAAACUUUGGGAAUUACGAAACAGUUGACGGCGCAGGCCAUCCACAACAGCUAUGAGACCGCCAUGAGGGGAAUGGCAUCGCUCCAGCAGAUGCAUCGCACUGGACCGCACAUCAAGACUCGUCCGCCACGCCAGCCCCUGGACGGGAAGCCCUUCGCCAAGGGCGUUGUCCUGAAGACCUUCAUCAAGAAGCCAAAGAAACCGAACUCGGCCAACCGCAAGUGCGUCCUGGUGCGCCUCUCCACCGGCAAGGAGAUGGUGGCCUAUGUCCCCGGCAUCGGGCAUAACCUGCAGGAGCACAACAUCGUCCUGUGCCGAGUGGGUCGCCUCCAGGACGUGCCCGGCGUGAAGCUGAAGGCGGUGCGCGGUGUCUACGACCUGGCGCACGUCAUCAAGAAGAGUCAAUAGCUUUACUAACUUUUAAGAAUCCUUUUUUUUUUGUCUGUUUGUGAAUCCUUUUGAAUCCUUUCGAAAUAAACUGCCUUUUGUGAAAGCCACAA